UGCAGCAGGGAAGCUCUUGGCGGCAGCAGAAACGGCUGCGUUAGACGAUAGGAUGUCUGGCGCGCCGAGACGCGGAGCGGGAGAUUCUCUGGUCGGUUUCAGGCGGGGUGCGGGCGAUGGUGAGGCGAGCUCGGCGAAGGUGCCUCAGGGGCUGAUUCGAGCGGCCCCGAAGAGCGGCAAGCUAAACCUCUCUGGCCGGGAGCUGACCGAAGUACCUUUACAUGUAUGGCGGAUAAAUUUGGAUACUCCGGAAGAUGCCUACCAGAAUCUCUCUUUUGGUGCUGCUGAUCGGUGGUGGGAGCAAACUGAUCUUACCAAGCUAAACCUAUCUUCAAAUAAACUGACAUGUCUUUCUAAUGAUAUCAGACUCCUGCCUGCUCUCACUAUGCUUGAUGUGCAUGACAACCAACUGACAUGUCUUCCUUCUGCUAUAAGAUCACUGGAAAAUCUUCAGAAACUUAAUGUGAGUCAUAAUAAACUGAAAGAUAUACCAGAAGAGCUGACCCAGCUAAAGCAUUUGAGGAGUCUGUUUCUGGAGCACAAUGAAUUGAGUCACUUGCCAGAUGAAUUUGGACAGCUUGUGAAUUUGGAAGAGUUAGAUGUUUCCAAUAAUCAUAUUGCUAGCAUUCCUGUGAGUUUUGCUUCUCUUGCAAGCUUGGUGCGUCUCAAUUUGACUUGUAAUAAGCUGAGAAGUCUGCCAAAAGAGAUCAGUGCAAUGAAAAGUUUAAGACAACUUGAUUGCACUAAAAACUACUUAGAAACUAUACCACCUGAACUGGCCAGUAUGGCUUCAUUAGAACAACUUUAUCUAAGGAGAAAUAAAUUGCAUUACCUCCCCAGCCUUCCUUCCUGUAAAUUGUUAAAAGAGUUGCAUGUUGGUGAAAAUCAGAUUGAAGUAUUAACUGCUGAACACCUGAAGCAUCUGAAUUCCUUAUGUGUAUUGGAACUUAGAGAUAAUAAGCUAAAAUCAUUGCCCGAUGAAAUUACUUUGCUGCAGGGCUUAGAGCGGCUAGACCUGUCCAACAAUGAUAUUAGCAGGCUUCCUUAUAAGCUGGGGAAUUUGCCUCAGCUGAAAUUCCUGGCAUUGGAAGGAAACCCUUUAAGGACGAUCCGGAGGGAUGUUCUGCAAAAAGGAACGCAAGAAAUUCUGAAGCACCUCAGAAGUAAAAUACAAGAUGAUGAUGAAAUUAGUUCAAAUGGAGAAUUGUCUGUGACAGCAAUGACUUUGCCAAGUCAGUCAAAGAUCAACCUGCAUGCUAUCACUGCAUUAAAAACAUUAGAUUAUAGUGAGAAACAGGCAACUGUAAUACCAGAAGACGUAUUUAACACAGUAGGGAACAAUCCAGUAACGACUGUGAACUUCAGCAGUCAUCUGACUGAAAUUCCAGAAAGAAUUGUGGAGCUAAAAAAUUCUGUCUGUGACAUCAAUUUUGGUUUCAAUAAGCUCUCUUCUGUUUCCCUGGAGCUGUGUAUGCUUCACAGGUUGACACAUUUGGAUUUCAGAAACAACAUUUUGAUGUCCUUGCCUGAUGAAGUGGAAACACUGGCAAGACUGCAAAUUAUAAACCUUGCUUUUAACAGGUUUAAAGUAUUUCCAGAUGUUCUCUAUCGCAUCCCAACUCUUGAAACAAUCCUCCUUGCUAAUAAUCAGGUUGGAUCUCUUGACCCUUUUCAAAUAAAGAAGAUGGACAGUCUUGUUACCCUAGAUCUUCAGAAUAAUGAUUUAUUGCAAGUACCACCAGAACUUGGAAACUGCAUCAAUCUCAGGACACUUUUGCUAGAAGGCAAUCCUUUCCGGGCUCCUCGAGCAGCCAUUCUUUCCAAGGGGACAGCUGCUGUGCUUGAAUACCUAAGAAGCAGAAUUCCUACUUGACUUGUUUUAAUUUGAACUGACAUAUAUAAAAUAUCUUACCUUCUGAAGAAUGAAGACUGCUGUCCUGUGUCUAUGACCUGUUUGUUUGGAUUAGUGUGUUCUACAAAGUGCAUGUUAAGGGUAUUCCUCUAAUUCACAGAAGAUUGCUGUCUUGAAUGCAAGUGGUACAUAAACCCUGUCGAUUUGUGGAAAAUAUGAACAUGGACAAGCAGUAAAGACAUCUGUCCAGCACCUAUUGUUUUAAGAAAAAGUGCUUCUGUGGGCUGUGUCUGUGAUAUGGUUUCUACUUGUAUUUCUUUAUUCAGUUAUAGGGCAUGUAACUGGCAGAGGAUUGCUUAGUACUUUCUUAAAUGUAUGAGAUG